AGAAUAAUAUUGUCAAGUCAGAGUGGAAGUUGUCCGGGAACGAUUCGCCACUUGGACACUAUUCAUUUGGACACCGAAAAUUUAGUAAUGUAAUCCAUUCGGUUCAGUUAAGUGGGUGACGUGAAAAUCCAGUAGAAAAUUUCGUCAGUGACCCCAGUGUCAAAAGUGAUUCAUUGCAAGGUUAAUAGUUUUGAUGUUAGAACCACAAUAAUAUUAAAAAAUUUACAAUGUUUGACAAAGUAUUUUGGUGUGUUGCUGUCUAACAGCCGUACUGACCGUACCCGACGGAUUGUGAUAGAAAUCCCAGCACGAAAAAUACCACAUUUGUUAUCAAGUGUAUGCCAGAGCUAUCAGCCUGAGUGCUAUCAUAUCCUGCAUGUUUUUUAUUUUAUUUUGAUUAUGUAUCUUCUUAGCGCGUACAAAAUGCAUGGCUGUAGCUGCAGUACUUUAUUUUUGCAUGUGUAGUGGAUAGUGCCAAUUGAUUUUUGUGGAUCAGUUAAAAACAAAUUCAUCAAAAUGAAUUCCUGUGUUAGUGGUGUGGAUGCUAAUAUGGGCUCAGUAUGGAAAAGACUACAAAGGGUGAAUAAAAGGGCUGCCAAGUUCCAGUUUACAGUCUCCUACCAUCAGCUGGCCAUUGAAUUCACAUCAAAAUGGGAACCGCACAAACUGUCGCUCGUAUGGAGCAGACGGUCGCGGAGGGUGGUUUCGACACCCAUGACAUGGGAACCCACGCUCCAGAAUCCGUACAAGGGUCUGGUGGUGUGGCCGGUUCCCGAGAACCACCAGGUCUCCAUCACAUUAUUUAAGGAUCCACGCACCAACGAACUCGAGGACAAAGACUGGUCCUUUAUCCUCGAAGAUGUUCCACCAACGGGUAAAAGAAGACAGGUCGCCAUCGCCCAUGUGAACAUGCGAAAAUACGCCAGCGUUGAGAGCACACAGAGCGAGAUGCAGAUCGUCUUCAAGCCGUCGUCGAAGAAGAAAUUCGUGAACGCCAAACUGGAUUGCACGUUAUCCUGCGUCCUGCUGCGGGAAGGCAAGGCGACGGACGAAGAUAUGCAGUCAAUGGCGUCGCUGAUGUCCGUGAACAAUAAUACGGAUGACAUAGCGCAAAUGGAGGAUGUGGAGGACGAGGAUCUGUCCAUAAACGAUAACAGCAUAAUGAAAGAGAGCUUAAAUGAAGUCACGCAUAAUCUGCAACAGAUGACGAAUAGUUUAUCGGGGUCUGAUUUUGCCAGUACUCCUAUCAGUGUGAAUAGUAUACAGUCGCUUUCCCGCGAUGAUAAGACGCCAACUGCUGAGACAUUUUCUCCAGUAAAUGAACGAAUUAAACUAGUCAAUUCCCAGUCAGUGCCACCCCCUAAACAGUCCGACUUUCCCCAAUCGGACACCGAUUUUUACUCAGAGCAAUGCUCCGACCUGCUUGAGAAGCUUGACAGCCUCGAGGAGGAAACAGAAGAAGACAUCGCCAAUGUAAACAUUGGUACGGCUAAUACCCCACCAACGAAACCAGUAAGAAAUAGUGUAAACCUUAAAUUACAACCUUUGGAACUGAAGGAAACCAUUGAGACUCCGAAGAACGCCAGCAAAUCCACCACGCCCGGUCAGGAUCUGCUCGAGUGGUGUAAAGAAAUGACCAAAGAUUACCUCGGAGUAAAAGUAACCAAUUUAACGACAAGUUGGAGAAACGGCAUGGCAUUUUGUGCCUUGAUACACCAUUUCGAACCAGAUUUAAUAGAUUUCAAUUCCUUAACUCCCCACGACGUGAAAGGGAAUUGCAAAAAAGCCUUCGAUGCAGGAGACAAAUUAGGAAUUCCCCGUGUAAUCGAACCCACCGACAUGCACAUGCUUGCAGUACCAGAUAAAUUGGCCGUAAUGACAUACCUCCAUCAAUUGCGAGCCCACUUCACCGGCCACCAAUUAGAGGUACAGCAAAUCGGCAAAACGUCUGAGGAAAGUAACUACGUGAUCGGCAAAUUCAAUACCGACAAAGACACGGACAUAACGAAGCAGGUCUUCGGCCAGGAGAUUAUGAAUCUGCGCAAAGCGAAGCAGAACCAAAAGUCGAGGGAAAGCAGCAAAGAGAAGGAACUGAAUGCGGUCAACAAGGAAACGACUGAGGCUAAGCAAAAGCUGCAUUUGCAAUUGAAGAUCACUAACGAACCAGAACCGGUUAAGGAAAAAGAAAAGUCUCCGACUACUGUUAAGGAUGUUAAGGACAUUAUUUUGAACAGCUCGAAGAAUAUUAUGAGCAAAGUAAUAGCAUCACCGGGUAAAGAUAAACAACAACAACAACAGCAACAGACUAAAAAACAAGAAGAAAAGAAGUCGGAACCGAAGAAACCUAUUUUGAUGACCCGGAGGGAGUUCGCGGAUCCAUUCGGUUCAGAUGAUGAAGAAGAGACAGUGGAUAACAAAGCGAUAAACAACAAAGUACCAGAAAUGAAUGGUGACGUAAAUGGGUUAAGUCACGCCGAGCCUAAGGAUGAAAAAGAAAAGGCCGAAGAUGUGUUUUCUGAUCUGCCAAAACCUAAUCCCAUUUGGCAAGCAAUUAAAAAGUUUUCACGCUAUGUUGUGCAGCAAAUACUCAUGCGCCACACGGAACAAAAAGAGCGGGCACGUCAACUGAUUGAACAAACAAAGAGAGACUCCGGGUCAACCACAACUUCUCCAACGAGGUCGGAAGAAGAGAGGCAAGCGCAUCUUCGAGAAAGGGCGAGGCGGUUGCUUGCCGAGGCACGAAGAGGAUCCACACCUCCUACGGAGGUUAUUAGGAUCUGUCCGGAGUCAGUGAAAGCUUACGUCGAAGCUGAAGACAAAUUACAAAGGAUAAACGACGAACUGAACCAUCUGGAACGCCAGAACAGCAUCGGAUCAGAAACUAAUGGAAAUAUUUACUCAAAUAACUCAGAAUACUCAGAAAAUCAAUCUAGUCCACACGAUCUGAACGAAAGGAUCACCCCAGACAAAUUACCAGAUGAGUUAGGAUUGAAAAAGAUGGGAAUAGAUGUGCAUACGUGGAUUCACCGGGAACUGGAAGAUUUGGAACGGGAAGAACGGGCAAUAGAUCAGGAAGCUGCGGGUCUGGAGAAACAACUCAGAAAUGUCAUGGAGUCCGAUAGCAGCAACACGGAAAAGGAGGAAUCGUUGAUGUCGAAGUGGUUUAUGCUGGUUAACAAGAAAAAUGCUUUGCUUAGACGGCAAAUGCAACUCAACAUUCUUGAAAAGGAAGCUGAUCUUGAGACAAGAUACAAAAUGCUCAACGAAGAAUUACAGAAGAUCGCUUCCAUCGACGAUUGGAGGAAAACGGAGGAGCAAAGAGACAGAGAGCAGAUGCUUCUUGAAGAGCUCGUACAAAUUGUGAAUAAACGCGACGAGCUGGUUCACCAUUUAGACAAUCAAGAAAAGGCUAUCGAGGAAGAUGACCUGAUAGAGCAAGACUUGUCGCACCUAGAACUUCAGCCAAAGGACAAAUGUGUCAUUUCAUAAGUCGACAAAUUCUUAUGAGAGCCCCUUGACCGUAACUGCUCCGAAACUUCACCCGGUUUAAUUUAUUAAUUGGUGCUUAUUGUGAUAUAUUUAAUGAUUAGAUUGAUUCGUUUUGCUUCUGAGCAUAUUCACUUUGAACCCAGUAAUUAUUUACUAAAUCUAAAUCUGCUUCCAUAAUUGGAUUAGGGGGUUCCAGUCCAGAAUAUUAGAAUUUUUUAAAUUAUUAGUUGUGUUAUGGCGUCGUUUAGGUGUUGUUGCCAAAAUUAAGGUGAGCAGAUUUGACCACUAGUGAAUUAUUGUAUAUUUUUGUCAGAUGUUAUUUUUUUAAUAAAAAGACAUAGCUUUAAUUUCGUUAAUUUAAAUUACACAAAUAGUUUAUUUUUCUAGUAUUUAUUAUAACUAAUAAAUAAAAUAAUUGCAUGAACUGUAUCAACAAGAAAAAUAAAUGUAUCUUCUAAGACCUUUACCUUGUACUUAUGUUUUCUUUUUUAAUUAUAACUCACAAUUUGUUUAGUUACAUUAAUUGUUAGUAUAUUUAAUCUAUUCUUAUAUAAAAGUUACCAAAGUAAUAUGAUUAAAUAAAAUUUUGUAUACUAUCAACCGAAUUGGACCUUAUAACUUUUUGGCUGUAACUAAUAACCAUCCACAUUUAAAGUGCAAUAUUAUUGCUUCCUUUGAUCUGUUUAUUCCGUCACACGCGUAUAUUGUACUGGAUAUCAGCUAAGAAUGGAAUAUUUGACAGCUGUGUGACGGUCAAAGCUGUAUAUUAGAUUUUGUAUGUAGCUUUCGUAUAUACCUUAUUUUUCGUCCAAUUAUUAAGUCGACUUGUACGUAACACAAACAAUAUUAUUUCUUCUUAGAUCGAAUUAUUUGGCGGGAGUUCUCAGCAUCUUAUUAAUGUGGCACAGUAUUAUAGGGCCAUAUAACUGUGUUCAAAUUUACUGUUAAAUGAGUAGGAUAUUUUUUGUGAGCUCUUGCCAAAAUUUUUGUGAUAGAACCAGAAAAUUUAGUAAAUUAUAUGGGUAAUUAGGCUUUUAAUUUAUAUUUGGUUGUAAAAAUGUUGUGUGUAAGUAGGUAGAACAGUAAAACAAGAUUAUAGGUGUAAUAUUUGUGAUUCGUUUAAUGAAUAGGACGUUCUUCAUUCAGCACAUCUUGUCGAUAUCAGUGCUGGAAUGUAGGUAGACUUCCUGUUUAGUGCAUAUUUUUUUACCCAUCAUUAAUAUCAGCUGCUUCUGGUUGUAAUAUAUAACGUUUUAAGUCUGUAUAUUUUCAUUGUAUUUAAGUUGUAGCAUAGAUUCAUGUAAAUAAAACACACCUAAUAUACAAACUA